AUGGAGAUUCUUUCGGGACUCUUGUCCCAAACACAGCCCAAACCCCAGUCUGCAUACGAAACCAUUACGAAACUAUGCGAUCGCCUGCAAAAUUCAACUUUAAUUGAGGAUCGUAGAACGGCAGUUCUUGGUCUUAAAGGGUUUGCCCGUGAAUACCGUGAGACCAUUGCAGCCGGUGCUCUUCGUGGCCUUAUAUCAGUAUUGCAACAAGACUCUGAAGAUCAGGAAACUUGUCGCGCAGCAUUAGAAACUCUUAUAGUUUUAUUCAUUCAGGGUAAAGAACAGAAUGUUCUUUCCGAUGACGAAUAUAGGCAACGAAGAAAGCGAAGGCACCAAGGCCCGAAUGGCCAAUACCCUUCCCCAUUAACAUUAGAUGGCCGUGUUGACUACAUUGCAUUAUGGCUUACAGAUGAAUUCAUUCAACGGGAAGAAAAUAUUUCCACCUUAAUCUCCCUCCUUGAAUCGGAUGACUUUUAUGUCAAGCUCUAUACUCUUCAGUUGUUGGCGGCUAUAAUUUUUAAUCGUCCGGAUCGUGCCCAAGAAAAAAUAAUUUCAUUACCUCUUGGAAUUUCAACUUUAGUUUCUGUCCUUGAUGACUCAAGAGAAGUCAUUCGCAACGAAGCGAUCCUUGUCUUAUGUCGCCUUGUUGAAGGUCACAUUGAUAUUCAAAAACUCGUUGCAUUUGAAGGUGCAUUUGACAAAUUGUUUGCUAUAAUUGAUUACGAGGGUGGCUUAAUUGGUAGUCAAAUUGUUGAUGAAUGCUUGAUCCUAAUCAAUUCUUUGCUGAAAUAUAGCAUAUCAAAUCAAAGUCUUUUUCGCGAAAGCUCUAAGUUUCCUCAUAUUUCAUCCCUUCUUUCUCUUGGAACUGAUAUUGAUCCAUCGAUACCCCCUCCAACUAUUGACGCUCAAUCUUCCCAAAAUAUCACAGAUUUAUUUGAAAUUUGUCGAAUUUUUGUUACUGAAGGUAAUGAAGGCACCCCUAAAAACCAAGCAGCUUUAUGCUCAGCUGGGGUUAUGAUAAAUUCUUUACGUCUUGCAUUUGGAUCUUAUGCAACAACCUCACUUCGUGCACAAGCUCUUCUUACAGUGUCCGAUUUAAUUAAGUCAAACCCCCCGCUCCAAGAACAGUUCAUGGCUAUUGAUGUUCCUUAUAUUGACAUUUCUAUAGUAAAUCCCACCAAGGAACCCAUUAUUAUUCCAGUCACUAUUGCUCUUUUAAAUUGGGCUCUUUUACCUUCUUCUGUGCAUAGCUUUGACUUGAGAAUUGGUUCCGCUUCCUGUUUAUCUUCAGCUUUAAAAGACAAUCAUUCUGCAAAAAUGGCAUUUUUAGAAGAUCAAAUUACAUCAUAUCAAUCUUUAUCAGGCGUUAAAAUUACAUCCAGAGAUGACAGAUUAGUUUCUCAUUCCCAACAAAACUCGGCUGAUUCAUCGUCUUUAGAAACUUUGGACCUUUCUUCUAAAAACUCGAACUCAUCGUCCGGACCUGAUGAAAACGGGUCUGAAAACACCCUUGAUAUACAAAAGGAGAACUCUAAGCAAGAGUGGCAGCAUAACCCUUGCUCUUAUGACAUAUUUCCCGAUUCUGUGAAUCUUAUUUCUACAUUAGUGGAUUAUGAUCCCGAGGGCAACUUAAAUCCUUAUAAGCCUUGGAUUGCGGCUUCAAUUUUACUCAAACUGUUUGAAGAUUCUAAUGAUAUAAAAGACAAGCUUCGCUCUGUUUCUAUUGGAGACGAGACUAAUGGGGAAGAACUUGUUACCGUCAUCCAAUCUAUUGGUAGCAACCUUUCUACCUCUCUUAAAAGCAGGGAUCCCCGAAUUUCCAUUGCUCUUAUUAUGGUUCUUUCUGUAUGGCUUUUUGAUGACGUCAAGGCAGUUGAUGAUAUUUUACAUGAAUCUUCUGUUAUCCAGUCUUUGUUAUUUGUUUCAGCACACUCAUCCAACCAUCCAUUGAUUGAACCUAUGGCAACUAUUUUGCUUGGAAUCAUUUAUGAUUUUAGCAGUAGAAGCUCUGCAAUACCCCGGGCUAAUCUAUAUAAUCUUUUGAAAAAUACCAUUAGCCGUGACCAGUACGUCAUUAAACUCCAGAAGUUGCGAAACAACUCUAUGUUUAAAGAGUUCGAUGAACAGGAAAUUUUCAGUGCUGGUCGGGAUGAGACUGGUUUGCCUAAUGCUUUUUUCAUUUCGAAUUAUGUUUAUCUUAUUAAGGAACAUUUUUCUCGAAUUCAAAAGAGUUUUGACCGUGAUCCUGAUUCGGAGCCUAAUUCUCGUGUCUCGUUAGACAUGUAUGAAGAACUUCUUGGUGAAUACAAAAUUGUUCAGUCUGAACUCUCUUCUCUUAAGAUUACCCAUGAGUCAGAAAAAGAAGCAGCCUCUCUAAAGAUCAAGGAUUUGGAAGAGAAAAAAACAUCUCUUGAAAAUAAAAUUCUAGAAGUUGAAACUAGUCUUGAUGCAAUUAAUACUUCUCAAGAAGAAACAAAUAAUAAACUUGAAACUGUUAGUAAGGAAAAGUCCUUACUUGAACAAGAGAAAGUAUCUUUAGAUGAAACUUUGAGAAAAACGUCUGAAGAGCUUACAAAAAUUCAGAAAUCAUUGUCUGAUAUGAAGAAGAAUGAGGCUCAACUGAAUAGCUCUCUUUCUUCUUUUAAGAAAGAAAAAGAAAAAGCCGAAGAUGGUAUCAAUAAGAUGAGCCGUGAACUUUUCCAACUUUCCAAAGAAAAAAGCAAUUUGGAGUCUUCUCUUAAAAAACAACAACGUUCUUUUUCUGAUCUUGAAAAAUCUAACACCAAAUCUAUGGAAUCUAUAAAAUCGCUUACUGCUCAACUUUCAGCAGUUACUGGUGCUCGAGAUGAACUUUCUGUAAAGAUGAAAUCACUUCAAAACGAACAUUCUAAGCUAAUCAAAAACAUUGAAAAUGUAUCUUCAAAUCAUCAGUCCACUCUUCAAGAACUUGAUUUGCUACGUCAGCAGUAUUCUGAUGCUGACAAGAUGAAACAUACUUUGAUCGAAAAAUUAAAGAGCGCUGCUCGUCAAAUAGAAGAUCUUAAAAGUGCUCGUGAUCAGCUGAAUAAAGAUUUGGAACUAUCAUCUAAGUCUCAAAACGACCUUAUAAAGGAACUCAAUAAUCGCAUUACUGAACUUCAAGCAGAGAAGGAUCAACUUGAUGAAGCCUAUACUCAACUUACUGAUGAUAUCGAUUUAGUUCGUGGAGAAUGGACUGAGAAAGAGAGCAAUUUAUUGGCUGAAGUUGAAUCUCUUUCAAAAACUAAAUCAGAUUUGGAAGCUAAAAUUUCUGAAUUUUCACGUGAAAAAGAAGAACAUGUUUUAAAAAUCAAAGAUUUAGAGACCUCGCAUUCUUCAAAAAUAAACGAUCUUGAAUCGUCUAAUUCUGAACUAAAAGAUUUUUUUUCUAAAGAAAAGGAAUCAACUGAAAAAGUUAUCCAGACUUUAACUGAUAAAUAUACACAAUCUGAAGCGUCUAAAGCCGAAAUUCAAAAAAAUCUGGAUGAAAAAAUUCAGGAGUUAAAGAAAAAUUCAGGAUCUUUUACUUCUGAAAUCAGUGCACUUAAGACAGAAAAGGAUCAAUUGCAGACAAAACUUUUGGAACAGCAAAAGUCUGUAGAAGAAUCUACUAAAUCCUAUAGCUCACAGCUUUCUCAACUUAAGGAAGAUUUCAAUACGAAGCAGGACUUAUACAAAAAACAGUUAGAUGAGAUUGAGAUUCAAAAACAACAGGCUGAAACUAAACUUCGAGAUACCUCUCAACAGUUGACGGAGAAAAAUGAACUUCUAGAAAAAUCAUCAUCUCAAAACUCUGCAUUAUCUCAACAAAUAGAUCAACUUAACUCUGAAAAAGCUUUAUUAGAGGAAGAAAUAACUUCUCUUUCUUCCCAGUUAAAAGAAAAAUCUGAAAAUAUUAAUGAGUUAAACAGGAAAUCGGGCGAACUUUCUUCAAAAAUUGAUUCUCUCACUUCUGAAAAAAGAGAGCUCGAAAAUAAGCUUCAAGACGUCAGUUCACAAAGAGACCUUCAAGCAAAAGAACUCGAUGACUUGAGGUCUACCAUUAACAAUUUGGAAAAGUUGACAAGUGACUACAAGACAUCUAUAGAAAAAGCAUCUGGUACUAAUUCUGAGCUUGAAAAAUCACUUGAAAAUCUCCAGAAAACUUUGAAGGAUAAUGAGCUUGAUAAAAAGGCUUUGCAAGAUCAAUUGCUGUCUACAUCUAAUGAUUUCAAAGCAAAAAUCAAGGCACUGGAAGAUUUGCUUGAAGAAUUAAGAGCAACACAUUCAAAGCAGCUGGAAGAAGAAUCUUUAAAAUUUAUCAAACAAAAAGAAAAUCACGUUUCUACUGUUUCAAAUUUUAAAGAAAGUAUAAAAACUCUUCACCAAAAACUUUCUACCAUGGAGGAAACAAAUCAACAACAAAUCAAAAAUCUUGAUGAAGAGAAACUCAAACUUGAAAAGCAAAAGGAAAUACAUCAUGAAGCAGUUUCAAAACUUGAAAAGGAUAUUGGAGAUCUUAAUAAUCAAGUCAGUUCUUUAGAGGAAGUUAAGGAGUCUCAUUUAAAAGAACUGAGCCAGGCCAAAGAGCGCCAUGAAAAACAGAAUGAGGUUCACAUUGCAGUGGUGUCUGAAUUGGAAAAUAAGAUUAACGAAUUAAAGACUCAUAUUUCUAAGCUUGAAGAAUCUAAACAUUCUGAAUCCGAUGCUUUCGAAUCUAUCCGUUCAAAACUUAAUGAUGAAAUUAAACAAACAAACAACUCUCUUGAAAAGAUUCGAGAAAAUUAUGAUAAACUCAAGAAUGAUUAUAAUGAAGUUCUAGCUUCUCGGGAUUCUCUUUCAAGUGAUUUUGAAGAUUUUAGAUCUUCUAGUUCUAUAAAUAUCAGCACUUUAAAUACUCAGAUAUCUCGCCAUGAAGAUUUGAUUCAUAAUCUCAAAGAGGAAAAAGAAUACUUGGAAAGUGAGAUAGAAAGGAAGACCGAAGAAAUUGAGCGUGAACGUUCUGCUUUGACAAAAGAUGUUGCUUCGGCAACAAAGACAUUAUCCACAAAAAUUUCUACUUUAGAAAAGGAGAAAAGUGAAAUUAUGUCUCUUUUAACAUCGAAGCUACAAUUACUUGAAGAAAUCAAAGCUAGAUCUGAAGCCGAAAAGGAUGAAUUGUCAUCAGCUUUGGAGGAGGCAAAAAACCAAGUAACUAAACACCAAAAUGUUAUUGCUAAAAAUAAAGCCUCUUAUGAAGCUGAGAAUAAACAACUUUCUGACGAUAUCGAAAAUCAUAAGUCUGAAAUUGCUGUACUCUCUCAAAAACUUACUGAGUCUCAAGACCAUCACAAUGAGACUAAGAAAGAAAUCGAAAAAAAUUCUCAAGAAUUUGAGGUUAAGUUGAAGUCAAUACAUGACCACAAGUCUAAACUUGAAACUGAACUUGAAUUGUUAAAGGAAACUCUUUCUGAUUCUCUUUCAAAAUCAGAAUCACUUAAAAAUUCUUUAACUGAAGCCGAGUCAAAGCAUUCAGAAAACGAAAAGGAAUUUGAUCACCAGCUAUCUCAAGCUAAGGCUUCGAUUAUCAAACUAGAACAAGAGCUUCAAGAAGCUAUAUCAGCAUCUAAAAGUCUUUCUGAACAAUCAGAUCUUAGAGUUCAAGAAGUUCUGAAAGAGAAAUUUGGGAUAGAGACGAAGCUGAAUGAUUUUGAGUCUGAGUCUAAAGCAGCUUCCGAAAAAGCAAAUUUCACAAUUGCAAAGCUUGAGGAAGAGAAAAAAAUUUUAGAAAAAAAGCUUGAAUCUGCUAUUUCUGAUUUGGAUUCUAGAUCAUCUUUGGCUGGUGAUGAGAUCAAAGCCUUAAGGGAUGCCAAUGAUACACUUAAAGCUGAGGUUUCUGCAUCAAACCUUAGUCUCUCAAAAGCCGACAAAGAACUUGAAAUUUUUACUCUUGAAAAAGAAAAAGUGAAACGCCUUGAGAAAGAAUUAGAGAAAUUAAAAGAACAUAAUAAGUCUUUGGAAUCUGAGGUUGGAUCUUGGAAGGAUGAGCGAAACCAACUUCAAGAAAAGCUUCAAAAAGCUCUUGAAGAGUUUGAGAGCAAUGCCAGUUCUUCUGAUGAAAAAAUAACAGCUUUAAUUAAAGAAAAACAGGAUGGAGAAGAAAAACUUCAAAUUGCAAUACGAGACGCUGAAACUAAGGCAGCUCAGCUGGAAAAAGAGGUGAAGGAACUCAAAGAAAAUCAAAAGAAAGAUCUUUCAAAAAUUAAAGAAUUAGAACUUGAUAUAGAAGAAAAGAAAAAGUCUCAUUCUUCUGUAUCUAAAGAUCUGACCACAGCAAAGGAAGAGAUGUCAAGGGCUAAACAAAUUGAGACAGAGUGGAAAGAGAGCAUUGCAAAAUUUGAAAAGGAAACAAACGAACUUCAGGGUUUGAAUGUCCGAUACCGACAAGACAAUGAUUCCCUUCAAGAAGAAAUCAGCCGCCUGAAGCAGGAAUAUAUCAAACGAGAAGAUGAAUUAAAUCAGGAACUGGAGAAAGCAGUUCAGCAGGCUGUGUCCGCAUCACAUGCUGCUUCUAAUGUGGAGGCACAACUUGCCGAUAAAAGAAGAGAGCUUUUGAAAUCAACUGAAACUCUCUCUCUUGUUCACAUAGAAAAAGAUGAAAUGGCAGAUAAGCUUUCUGAUUUAGAGGAACAACAAGAGAAGAGGGAAAAUGAACUGGAAAACUCAAAGACAUUGAACAAAGAGCUUUCUGCUAAAAUUGAGAAAUUAGAGGCCAGUUUGGCGGAUUCGGAAAAGAGUCUAGAAAUAGCGAACAAAUCAGCCAAAGAAGCCGAAUCAAAGCUAUCUGAUAUCGAGACUAAAGCAAAAGAGGCUGAGUCUAAACUUUCCUCUAGUUCAGCCGUGGAUCAAAAUAAGGACACUGUUUCUAAGGCAGAAUAUGAAGAGCUUAUGCUUUUGGUUUCUGAUGUUGAUGAGAGAUUACGAAAGUAUAAAGACAGAUUGAGGAAAUUGGGCGAAGAUGUUUCUGAUGAUGAUGAUGAUGACGAUGAUGAAGAUGAUGAUGAAGAUGAUGAAGAUGAUGAUGAAUAA